CUAACGCCGACUUGGGGGUUGAAGUUGAAGCGGAGCGGAGAAGGUACCACUACUGCGAGCCAGCGCGCAGCCGGCGGCAGAAGCACCAGCUCCGAGCCAGCUCUGGCCACUGCCACUACAGCUUCCCGUGUUCCCGGGUCCCCGGGCCGCUGACUCCCAGGAAAGUACAGGCAGCUGGCGGGAAUGGCGUGCGGCGGGGCAGCGUUGCGGAGGGUGGGCUUCCCCGCCCUUGCCAGACGGCCCCUGGUGUUGCGUGCGGGCUCUGGCUCUCCAGCCGAGGGACAGCGGUGCUUGGUCCCCGCUCUCCCUGCCAGCGCUCCCGACUCCGCCGGGCGCUCGCUGGGAGCAGCUCGCACGCCUUCCGAGGGGGCGCUGCGCCACGCCGUCGCCCCAGCCCACCACCGCCCCCUACUCCACACCUCCUGCCCGCUCUACCCGCCGCCCUCCCCCUCCCCGCCGUGCCGCUCUCCCUCCUUUCUUCCCCCCCCCUCCCGGCGAGGGGCGGGAGGGGGCGUGGCAGGGCCUCGGUUUGUGUAGCUGCUGCCCGGCUCCCCGCACUCGGAGUCUGCAGGAGGAACGCGGCCUCCGCCGCUGUCCAGCUGCUCUGUGCCUUUCGCGCCCGGCGCCGCCGCCUCCGCCGCCGCUGCCGCUGUCGCCGCUGCCUCUCCGGGAAACUCAGUCACUGGCUCACCAUGGACUCUCCUAGGGUCCUGCUCUUGGCGAUCUUCCUCAUCAGCUUCUUCUGGGAUUUGCCGGGUUUCCAACAGGCUUCCAUCUCCUCGUCCUCCUCCACCGAACUGGACUCCACCAAGGGCGUGAGGAGCGGCAAAGAAGGGAAGAUGCCGAGGACACCACAAGAGAGUGCGGAGGGACAGACGCCCCAGGAGCACCAGCCGAGGCAGAGCGAACUCAGGCUGCGGCCGCCUGCACAGUCUCAGGGGCAGGAGCCUCCGGGCAGGGUCCCGCGCGUGGUGCCCCACGAGUACAUGCUGUCAAUCUACAGGACUUACUCCAUUGCCGAGAAGUUGGGCAUCAAUGCCAGUUUUUUCCAGUCUUCCAAGUCAGCUAAUACGAUCACUAGCUUUGUAGACAGAGGACUGGACGAUCUCUCGCACACUCCUCUCCAGAGACAGAAGUAUUUGUUUGAUGUGUCCACGCUCUCAGACAAAGAAGAGCUGGUGGGCGCAGAGCUGAGGCUUUAUCGCCAGGCGCCCCUAGCGCCCUCGGGGCUACCAGCCCGACCGCUGCACUUGCAGCUCUUUCCCUGUCUGUCCCCUCUGCUGUUGGACACCAGGACCCUGGAUCGUCAGGAACCAACUCAGACCGGCUGGGAAGUCUUCGACGUGUGGCAGGGCCUGCGCCUUCAGACAUGGAAGCAGCUGUGCUUGGAGUUGAGGGCAGCCUGGGGUGAGCUGGACGCUGGGAAUACCGAGGCACGAGCGAGUGGUCCCCAGCAGCCACCGCCUCCGGACCUGCGGAGUCUGGGCUUCGGACGGAGGAUGCGGCCGCCCCAAGAGCGCGCCCUGCUCGUGGUGUUCACCAGAUCCCAGCGCAAGAAUCUGUUCGCCGAGAUGCGCGAGCAGCUGGGCUCUGCCGAGGCGGCGGGAACCGAGGGGUCAUGGCCAGCGCCCUCGGGUGCCCCAGACGCCGGGCCUUGGCUGCCCUCGCCCGGCCGCCGGCGGCGACGCACCGCUUUCGCCAGCCGCCACGGCAAGCGACACGGCAAGAAGUCCAGGCUGCGCUGCAGCAGAAAGCCCCUGCACGUGAAUUUCAAGGAAUUAGGCUGGGACGACUGGAUUAUCGCGCCCCUAGAGUACGAGGCCUAUCACUGCGAGGGCGUGUGCGACUUCCCGCUGCGUUCGCACCUGGAGCCCACCAACCACGCCAUCAUCCAGACGCUGAUGAACUCCAUGGACCCGGGCUCCACCCCGCCCAGCUGCUGCGUUCCUACCAAAUUGACUCCCAUUAGCAUCCUGUACAUCGACGCAGGCAAUAAUGUGGUCUACAAGCAGUACGAGGACAUGGUGGUGGAGUCCUGCGGCUGCAGGUAGCGGUGUCGUCCGCCGGAGCCAGGGACCAUGGAGGGAGGCAUGACUGCUGAGAGACGGAGCUGGAGCUGGCCUGAAGAGGCCACAAGUCGGGGACAUCAUAGAAGUAGGAGCAGUGGGAGAGGAGGCAGCCCAGCCCUCCCAGAAUCUUCCACUCGCCAACCCAGAAGCAGCUAAGGGUUUUUUUUACACUUUGCCUGGCCACCCUGGAAAGACUAGACAAGGAUUGUUUUCUUUUCCUUUUCUUUAUUACUAUGGCUUUGGGUUUUGUUGUGUCUCCUUGAUUUUGAUAGGAGAUGGAAGGUGGAGGAGAGAUGGGUAUCUGUUCCCAAAUAUUCCGUGGAAGGGGGUGGGGACACGAGAGAAAGAACCAAUCGCUUUUCUCCGCAUCUCGGACUUGUUGCCUCUUCCUGUGAGAGAAAGUGGGGUCUUUGGGUCUUUCCAGCUACGUCAUAGCUGACGCCCUUGACUUCUGCGCAGGAAGUAUUAGGAGAGUUGGUUAAAGGAACAGGGAGUAGGGAGGGAUCUUGCCCUUUGAGAGCCCCAGAGACCUGGGCCCAAGCUGCCGCCCUGCUCUCCCAUGAGUUUAUCAGCUCUGUCCUGGCCUCAGCCAGCACAGGGAACUGGGAGCUGCCACUGCUGUGGACUCAGGCCUCCGGAUGCCUUUACCUUUGCUGGUGGGGAAAGGAGUUGGUAUGGAUGGAAUGACAGGAAUUAGUCCCUGUGGAACCCCGUGAAGGAUAAUGAGAAACCACAAGGCCCAGUUCUGACCCGGUGACAGGGAGGUGCAGUACCCAAGGCUCCAAGGAGCCCACCCCAAAAGAUCUUCGUCUUGUCUGUUUCUCAUUGAUUUUCUUUAAACAGAAUUUGUCAAAAUUCCAGCACCUCCUUCUAAGGGAAACUUUUUUUUUUUUUUUUUAAUGGCGAGGGGUGGGAACUCUGUAAUUAAGGUAAGAAGGAAAGAGGAGGAAAGACCUAAGAAGCGGGCUCCAUCAGGAGGGGAGAUGAUGGCCCCGGAGGAGGAUGGAGAUAAAGGGCCAGGCCCCAAGCAAGGGAAGGAUGAAAGGGCCAGGAGCCUCUGCCUCUGAAGUUUCUAAAAAUUAAGACCCCUCCCCUCUUUCUGACAUUCCUGAGAGAUUACCAGCCAGCAAUAGCCCAGGGCUCCCCCUAGAGAAUUGUUUUAGAUUGUAAUUACCAGUUAGGUGGUUUUUUUUUUUUUUCAUAGUAAUGAGAUACUGUGAAGAGUCAAGGGUUACACUGAGCUUGGGGUGGAAACUGGGGUACAGGCCUCAAGGAAAGAAACCAGAAGGAAGCAGGAGAUACCUGCUCCCAGGUAGUCAAGACCUCCUUCCUUCCCUCAGUCUGGACCAGGAUUAUUUUUUAAACAUUACCCAGGUCUACCUUUGAGAAGUAGGUGGCCUCAGCCUUGUUUGUGGGAUAGUUUAAAUGGAGAAAGGUGUGUUAAAAUUUGCCGAAGGUUUUGGGGUGCCCCGACUGGUUUGUUUUCUCCCUAUCUGAAUCCUGUUGCUUGUCUGGGUCAGAGAUCUGCAGACUGUCGAGGAAAGGGUGGAAAUGCUAAUACGUGGUAAUAUAAUGGAGAGAGAAGAGACAAGACUUGUCCAGGAGAACUGACUUAAAUGCACAUUUGCUUUGGAUGCACUGUUGUUCUGUUGAGGCUGUAUAUAUUUGUUUAUUUAAGAUGACUGCAGAUGCCAAGAGAAGCCAUGCAAUCAUCUUAAUGUACAAAACGUUAUAUGCACUCAAAUGUUAUAAGUUCUAAUAUUUUUAAAGUUUAUAUUCGAGUUGUACAAAGUUAAGCAUUAAUCAGAUAUUUCAUUCUUUCAUAAUGUUAUCGUUUUCUUAAAUAUUAUUAUAAAAAUUUAAAUCUGUCUAACGGAGAGCUUUUCUUUUGGAACUGUCUACCUCACUAUAAUACAAAAUUUGACAACACUAACGUUGCCAGAGGUCGAUUGAUAUCCAAAACAUUUUUAUGAAAUACUUCCUUAGAUGAUGCAGAAUCUGGUUAAUACCAUCUUAUUAAACUCAUUUUCCCCU